AUGUCCUUGGUGAAGUCCAGCUACACUACAGCUGCGGGAGAAGAGGAAGAGUCUGAAGAGGAGACGGAGGAGUCAGAGGCUUCCUCUAUCCAUCCACCGCCUUUGCCACAGUUGGUGGCGGGACGGUAUCGACUCCAAGGGGAAAUUGGUUCUGGAUCCUACAGUGAGGUUUACCUUGGUGUUGAUGAGAAGACAGGUGACAAUGUAGCUGUGAAGGUUGAAUGGCAGCUUGCAGAAAAAGGAAACAAAUUGCUUGGAGAGGGCAAGUUCUACGAAGCCUUGGGGCUGCACAGCGGCGAGGCGCCAAACAUCAGAUGGAUUGGCUCCCAGGGUGAGUACAACUUCAUGGUGAUGGAUCUUCUAGGUCCAUCAUUGGACGCUUACUUCAAGCACUGCAAGCAAUUCAGCCUCAAAACCAUCCUGACUUUGGCAAUUCAGAUCAUUGACCGGCUCGAAUACGUGCACAACUGCGGUUUGUUGUACCGCGACAUCAAGCCACACAACUUUUUAAUGGGACUUGGAGAAGACUCCGCGCGAGUGUACAUCGUAGAUUUUGGUUUGGCCAAAAGAUAUGUUGACAAGACCGGACGGCACGUUUCCUGCUCCAGCAGAAAAAGGACUGGUAUCACUGGCAUCUCAGUGGCAAGGUAUUCCAGCAUCAACGUGCAUGAGGGAGUUGAGCCUUCCCGUCGAGAUGAUUUGGAAGCUACAGGAUAUAUGCUGAUGCAUUUCCUUCGAGGUGACCUACCUUGGCUGGGCCUGAAAGCAAGGUCCAAGAAGUCCAAGCACAAGGCCAUCAGCGGUGUCAAACAAGACACGUCCGACGAAGAACUUUGCCGUGGCUACCCUGAGGAGUUUUGCGUUUUUUUGCAGUAUUGCAGAUCCUUGCAAUUCAGCGAGAAGCCGAACUACGACUUCUUGCGAAACCUUUUCCGCAAACUCUUCGAGAGGGAAGGAUUUGUCGAUGAUGGCAUUUUCGACUGGACAGGAAUGAGACUCCCCCCGGCGAGCGAGCGAAAGAAGCAUGUGUCCUGUUCCCGUGAUGCCCGGAAAGAACGGGAGAAGGAGGCAAACCAGCUGCAGGUGGUUGAGGUGGUUAAUGGAACCCGUUCACGGAGCCGUGGACGCACCUGA